AUGGCUCGUCUCUGUUCAGAUGCGCGCCGUGAAGUUCGCUGCGACGCAUUGGCCUAUCUCCAGCGUUCUUUGCUCUCACCUAUUUUGCAUUGUCUAUCUGGUUCUCAUUGGGCUGAUUGUUUCUCCUCCGUCCUUUUCCCUCUUCUCACAACUUUCCUUGAGACGAUUGCAUAUGAUGAGGCUUUCAAGGCUGCAAUGGCCUCUAGACUAGCAGGCGCGAUAUCUGGUCAUGCUUCCGACAACCUAGCUUAUUCUGGUCCUGCUGCUGAGCACCGAAGUCCGUCUCCGCCUAACCACUUACCUAAGCAGUCUGGAAAUAGCACAGUUCACUCUGCUGUCUCCUGGUGGGGAUCUGCUUCGGGUUCAUCUAUUCCAACAACAGCUUCUGCCACUUUUGCUUUGACUGGACUAUAUGCCAACCCUUCUGGACGGUUGAACUUUCUACCCGGAUCUUCGAUUCCCUCGUCUGAUAGCCUCCAAUAUCCAAGUCGGACCGCAAACCCAGCGGCAACUGCAGCUGCAGCCGCAGCAGCUGCAGCCUGCUCAGUUGUGGAUGUCUCCGACCCGCGGAUGCGGGCAAUACCCUUGUUGACCAAGGUUUUUUUGCAGCAUCUGAAUCCUCUCCAUCAACUAAUCGAGUUUCCACAACUCUGGACACGUGUACUUGCUUAUAUGGAGUGCUUUAUGCUAGUCAGCAGCUCAGAUUCAUUGGUAUGA